CAUUCUUUCUUUGUCAAGUGACACCAGUUCCCUUAGCUGUGUCUGUUUCAUCUUUUUCUCCGUUCAGUUACUGGAGUUACCUCACAGAAAGAAUUAACACAAUGGAAUCCAUCCAGGUUGCAAAUACUACUUUUGCAGUCGACAUAUUAAGAAAACUGAGUGAAAAGGAUAAAACAGCCAAUAUUGUUUUUGCUCCUCUUUGUACUUCGACUUCUCUGGCUCUCGCAUAUAAAGCUGCUAAAGGGGACACGGCGACCCAAAUGAAACAGGGCCUUCAUCUAGAAGAUGUUAAAGACGUUCCUUUUGGUUUCCAAACACUAACAGCAGAUACUUCCAAACUUAGUUCUUUUUAUUCAUUGAAAAUGGUCAAACGGCUCUAUGUAGAAAAGUCCUUAAACCCUACUACGGAAUUUAUGAGUUCUAUCAAAAGACCCUUCCCAUCAGAACUGGAGCUAGUGGAUUUUAAAGACAAAUCAGAGGACACCAGGGUACAAAUCAACAAAUCUGUUUCCGACCUAACUGAUGGUAAAAUGGAGAACAUUUUGGUUGAGGGGACUGUCAAUGACCAGACUAAGAUUCUCCUGAUAAAUACAGCCUAUUUCACCACAAAUUGGAUGAAGAAGUUUCCUGAGGAGCAAAUUAAGGAAUGCCCUUUCAGAAUAAAUAAGACUGAAACCAAACCUGUGCAGAUGAUGAACUUGGAAGCUACAUUUUGCCUUGGUUACAUAAAUGAUUUAAAAACCAAGAUUUUGGAACUGCCUUGUCAUAACAAACACAUGAGUAUGCUAAUCUUACUACCUAAAGAGAUUGAGGAUGAAACUACUGGCUUGGAGCAGCUCGAGAAGGUGCUCACUCCUGAAAAGGUGCUACAAUGGACCAACCCCAGUGUGAUGGCCAAUACAAAAGUGAAUGUGUUUCUUCCCAAAUUCAAUAUUGAAAGGGAGUACGAUUUUAAGCCCGUUUUAAAAAGCCUUGGCAUGACCCACCUGUUUGAUGAGGGUGCAUCUGAUUUCUCUGAAAUGUCAGAGACCAAAGGGGUCAUUUUGUCCCAGGUCCUCCACAGAGUCUCACUGGAAGUAGGUGAAGAAGGGGCAGACUCCCGAGACGUGCCAGGAUACCGGAUCCUACAACACAAAGAUGAAUUCAAAGCCGACCAUCCAUUUUUCUUCUUCUUUAGACACAACAAAACCCGCAGUAUUAUUUUUGCUGGCAGAUUCUGUUCUCCUUAAACAGAACAUGAGAAAAGCCAGGUUUAUAAAUAUCUAUAUAUCAAUUACUACCCUUUUCCUAUAAACCUUUGAAACCCAAGUAUCAGAUUUUGAAAAAUAACCAAAGAAGUUUCCUAGUUCAAGUAGGAUAUAUGAUUUCAUAUGAAACUCUUAUUCAGACGAGAUAGUCAAAGCAGAUCUGUGUACUUUUUACAGGCAGCAUGAAAACUGUGUUUUGUAUUUUGACUUUAAAAUAAUGUAUUUAGUAGUUUCUUCCUCAUCCAAGGUAAUUGUUAGAAUGGGGAUGCUUAAAAUGAUUGCACUGGAUCUAAAAAAUCUAAGUAGCUAAAGCCAGUUUGGAGUAGUGGUUAAGAGCAGCGGGACUCUUUACUCUUUAGAGAGAACCGGGUUUGAUUCCCCACUCCUCCACUUGAAGCCAGCUGGGUGACCUUGGGCCAGUCACAGCUCUACAGAGCUCUCUCAGCCCCACCCACCUCACAAGGUGAUUGUUGCGGGGAUAAUAAUGACAUACUUUGAAAACCGCUCUGAGUGGGCAUUAAGUUGUUCUGAAGGGUGGUAUAUAAAUUGAAUGUUAUUAUUAUUGUGCUUAUAACAACAGUAUGUUACUGGAACUGUUACGGGAAGUGUACACAUCUUACAUUGUUAGGAUCAAAUAAAGGAGGAGAUCACAGUUAUCUGACAUCUUGUAAAGGUAAUCUGUGAGCUGAAUACAUGGGGAGAGAGGAGAGGGUUUAAUUUUUGCUUCUACAUGGUUUUGCCUAGCAGAACUGCCCCCUAGCUAGGGUUUCCAGUUCCCCACUAGCAAUAGGCAGGGGGCGGGGGGAGACUUACUGGCCUGUUCCAUGCUCACUGGUGACAUAAUGACAUCAUUUCUGGAAAUGACGCCAUCAUGCUGCUGGCCUGCUGGAACCAGUCUGGUUUGGGGGCAAAAACUCUUAUGGUUUUUACCCCCCAAACUAUGGCAUGAUGACAUCAUUCCUGGCUCAUGAGAAGUGAGCGCAUCUGCUGACAUCAUCAUUACAUCACUGGCAAACAUGUAAACCUACUUGUGUGUUCCCGCUUUCCCCUUUAGUUUCCCUCUGCUGGCCAGGUGAGCUGUUGCAGGGGUUGGUGGGUUGGGGGUGGAGCGAUGGCAUGCCUGCUCCUUGCCUUUACUCCUAUUAGCUUUGGAAGAAGAAAGACAUCUGUCUUGCUUGCUCCCCCCCCCUCAAGACUAAUAGGUAUGCGUCAGUGAUUUCAGUCAACAGGCUGGGUAUUAAAGUCUCUCCUUUUCCCAUGUGGCUUCAGUCCUAAUUUUGAUGCUCAAACCAUGCGUAAGGACUGGAAAUAAGGUGCUACCUAUGGUCCUUCUGAUACAUGCAGUUGCCAUUUUGUAUGAAAGGGCAACACACGUAUUUUCUGGCUUCAGUACUCACGAUUAGAUACCCAGAUUUUUGAGGGAUGUGUUCCUGUGUACUGAAGCAAGAUACUUGCAUUGCUGGAUUCACACACAAUGGCAGCUUCACAUACUGGGAGGAUUGCGGGUAGUGCAAUUUUCCUUUACACAUUAUUUGAGGGCUAUGAUUUUAAUGACUGUAUACGGCUACUGAGAAGAUCCAGUCGUACCUCUCAUAGUAUCCCAUCUGUUUUGACCCCUUACAUGCUGUUGUCAAUAGUGGGAAAGACUUUCAAAAACGGAAAGCUAGUAAUUAAUGUGGAAUUGAUCCAUAUUCAAGUUAAAUAUGGUAGCAUUUUACAGAGUUUUCUUUUUCGUUUACUGUCUCCCUGCUGCUUGUGUGCUAUUUAGAUUACCUAAAGGCAUUCCUAAUAAAGCAUUGCAAAAAC